AUGACGCGUCAGCAAGGCCAAACCCGAUCCAAAUCGGCGACCGGGAAACUAGUACUCCCGUGGAAAGGACAGUUCCGAGUGGUCGAAAUCAACCACCCCAAGGCCGUAGUUUGCGACAUAUCAAGACCGGACAAACCGAACCGCACCGUUCAUUUGAACCAGAUAAAGAAGGUAUACACCAUUACAGGACCGGCGGCGACAACCUCAUUGGAAGAAAACCCCGAAGCACCAGACAUAUGCGAUUCCACCGAUCAAGCUGACAACGUCGACACCGACGAAAAUUUAGCUAGGACGGAGUCCCCAAAACUAAUUGAUAACUCCGAAACACACGUUCCGGAGAACUCGGCGAACGCUGAAUCCCUAAACCGGAGAUACAACCUAAGGAAAUCAUUAAAACCACCAUCAAGACUCUCUUUCUAA